AUGAGAUGUUUUCUUGUUAUUAUAUGCUUAAUUUUGAAGUCUGUAGGAGCCUUCAUUCACCCAAUUACAAUACGAGGAAAGUCUUUUGUUGACAGCGUCACACAGGAGCCGGUAUGUUUUAUACGUUUAUAGAUUCGGGAAUUCAACUAACUAACCAUUUAGUUUUUUAUCAAAGGAGUUGAUUACCAACCAGGUGGUUCUUCAGGAGUUACGGAUACUAAGGAUCCUUUAUCAGAUCCAAAAGAAUGUGUUCGAGAUAUAAUAAUGCUUCAAGAUUUGGGGAUUAAUGUAUGUAUAUAUUUAUCUAAAGGACUACAUAAAGGAUACUAACAAGGAUUAGACCAUUCGUAUUUACUCGAUUAAUGCUGACCUUAACCACGAUAGAUGUAUGUCAAUGUUGGCCGCAGCGGGCAUUUAUUUGGUUCUCGACGUGAAUUCACCUUUGCCCAAUCAUCAUUUAAAUAGAAAUGAGCCAUGGAAGACAUAUAAUGAGCAAUAUUUGAAAAAUAUCUAUAAAGUAGUGGAACAAUUUUCAUAUUACAAUAAUACUCUUGGUUUCUUCGCAGGAAACGAAAUAGUCAAUGAUAAAAUAUCAGCCAAAGUAUGUAUAGGUAGUAUGAAUCAAGCUCAUACAGAAAACUAACAUAUGAUUUUAGAAUUCGCCCACGUACGUUAAAGCGGUAAUACGUAACCUCAAAAAAUAUAUUGACUAUAACUCACCUCGUCAAAUACCUGUAGGAUAUUCUGCAGCUGAUGAUUUAAAUUACCGAGUUUCAUUUUCAGAAUAUCUUGAAUGUGUUGACAAUAGUGUAGCAGAUUCAGUUGAUUUUUAUGGGGUUAAUUCAUAUCAAUGGUGUGGAGAACAGACAUUCUACACCAGUGGAUAUAAUAUUCUUGCCAAUGAUUAUAGUUCUUUUUCCCGGCCGGUCUUCCUCUCUGAGUAUGUAAAUUUUUCCCAAGAUCACAAGAACCAAUACUAA